CCGCCGCCUCCUCGCCCAUGUAUAACUUCAUGGGGCUGAACGGCACCGCCGGCAUCGCCCUGCAGCCCAAUGUGUCCUGCACGUGCAACUGCAAGCGCUCUUUGUUCCAGAGCAUGGAGAUCAAUAUCCCAAAUUAUCCGUGAGGUUCCUGCUGCCAGGGUGGCACAAACAUGAACACGCUGUGCCCUGUAGUACAGCGGAGUUGGAGUUUGUACAGAUAAUCAUUAUCGUGGUGGUGAUGAUGGUGAUGGUGGUGGUGAUCACGUGUCUGCUGAACCACUACAAACUCUCUGCACGAUCCUUCAUCAACCGGCACAGCCAAGGGAGAAGAAGAGAUGAGAACCUGUCAUCAGAAGGAAGCCUGUGGCCUUCAGAAAGCACAGUGUCAGGAAAUGGAAUAACAGAGCAGCAAAUCUACACUCCGAGACCCAGCGACAGACUAGCAGUUCCAUCCUUUUUGCAGAGGGACCGUUUUAACAGAUUCCAGCCAACGUACCCCUAUAUGCAGCAUGAGAUCGACCUCCCGCCCACCAUCUCGCUGUCGGAUGGAGAGGAGCCUCCCCCUUACCAGGGACCCUGCACGCUACAACUCCGAGAUCCAGAGCAGCAAAUGGAACUCAACAGAGAAUCAGUCCGAGCCCCCCCCAACAGAACCAUCUUCGACAGUGACUUGAUAGAUAACUCAGUUUAUGGAGGGCCCUGCCCUCCCAGCAGUAACUCUGGCAUCAGUGCAACCUGCUAUGGAAGCAAUGGUAGAAUGGAAGGACCGCCACCGACGUACAGCGAGGUGAUAGGUCACUAUCCUGGAUCUACGUUUUACCAGCACCAGCAGAACAACAAUGGGAUGCCCUCGAUACUAGAGGGUAGCAGACUGCAGCCUUCACAAAUCAAUGGCCUUGAGAGCACAACUGCAUGGAACAAAGAUAAAGAGAAGCAAAAAGGGCACCCCUUUUAAAACAAAAUCAAGCGCAAAAGUAAAUAAAACACUCUGCACUUCUCAUUUAAAGAAAAGAGAGAGAGAGAGAGAAAGGGAGAGAGUUGGGAAGAUGAGCAAAGAAUAAAAAGCCCUUCCCCAUCUCUCUGUGUAUAAAUAUUUCCUUGUAAUGUCUGGUCUGAAUGCACAAGCCAAGAAAGCUUGCAAAAACAUUUCUUUAUUGAGCUGUGUCUAGAAGUUUAAAAAGGAAAAAGAAUCAACUGUAGUCCUUCAUUUUUGUUUCUAGUUGAGCUGUGUGUGCGUGUGUGUGUGCGCGUGUGCGUGCUUUUUUGUUUUGUUUUUGUUUUUUGAUUAUUUCACUUAACUUUAAAGAGGAAAAUAUUUGCACAAAAACGUUUUGUUUAAAGAUCUGCAAUAUAUAUAUAUAAAUAUAUAUUAAAAUAAGAGAAACUGUAUGUGUGAGGAGCAGGAGUAUUUUUGUAUUAGAAGAGGCCUAUUCAAAACAAAAAAAAAGUUUUGUUGUUUUCUGAACUAGAAGAAAAAUGGCAAUUUUUUGAGUGCCAACUCAAAAAGUGUGUAUUACAUUGUAAAAAAAAAAAAAGAAAAAACCCUAAAAAAAAAGAAAAAAAACAAAAAAAAAUCAAAAGCAGGGGUUUAGAGUUAUUUAUAUAAAUGUUGAAAUUUUGCACUAUUUUUUAAUAUAAAUAUGUCAGUGCUUGUGUUGGUCAAAGCCUCUAUCAUGUCUACCACAAAACUGUUAAGGGAUUAAUAUGUCAACACGGAGAACAAACUAGCUGGAAAGGGGUGGAAAUUCCUAAAAUUAAAGUAAACAGCCCUGUGAGGAACCUUGUAAGAGAGACUGCAUCUUCUGAAACCUUUGAUUUCCAUAUUCACUGAGCAUUACCCAUCCAGUUCAAUCAGCUAAUGGGUAGUUUAAUGACAGUCAUGGUCUUAUACAUUCCCUACAAAACAAGAGGAAUUUGUGUGUAUGUUUGUAUGUUAUCACUAAGGAUUAUCAUAGUAAAAAAAAAAAAAAAAAAUUCUCAGUGCUUCUGUGAAUCAAAAAAGAAAGAAAACAAGUUAGCAGAAGCAAACACAAUUUACUUGAUUUUUUUUUUUUUUGAUGAGCUCUAAUUCUUUUUGGGAGCGGGUGAGAAUAAACUUCUGUGUCUGAAGGAAAACAAAGUGAUUUUCUUCAUUUGUUUCUUUGUACAUUGAGCUGCAGGGCCUGGUGUUGACAUCAAGGAUGUUUUCAAAUGGGAGUAAAUGGUGGUAUACCAGAAGCCUGCCUUUAAGAUGGGUUUUUAAAUGUGUCACUGAAAAUACGAGCCGAACAAUCUGCAGCUUGUGCAAAUCAUCUUCAUUUUAUAUGAAACACCAUAACUUUUAUUGGGAUGAAGAGUGCAGUCCUAUUGCCCAACUACCUGCAGCUCUUCUAGGCUGCCUCUGGUUGUUUAUUUUAUUUCUUUUCUUUUUUCUAGCUAAAGAGGCAUAAAGUCCAAUAGAUGGAAAUGAGUAUGCUCCUGUGAUAUAUUAAGUAAAGGCUAAAGAAAUAUGCUUAAUGCUUUAGAAGCAAAACCCUUUACCUCUUCUGAAGAUUUCUUCAUUCAAAACAGCACCAAUCCCUCGUGCCCACAUGGCAAGGUUCUACCCCACCCCUUCAGAAUCAGUGGAUGUCACGUCUUUUUUAAUUUAUCUUCGUUUCAUGAGCAUUUUGUCUUACUAUGCUAUUGUUUACAUUUUUAUAUUGUGUAGAUAUCUGGUAGCCGUUUUACCCUUGGGGUGAAUUUGUAUGUGAAAGAGAGUGAGAGAGUGAGAAAUUUGAGAGAGAGAGAAAACAAAAGGGAAAAAUUGUUCUCACUACCUUGUGCAGAUAUUACUAGCUUGGCAACACUUCUCCAUUUGCUGGGAGAGGAUUUCUCCAAAUGUGAGGACGGGUCAGAUGGGGAGAGGGAGGGGGGGAACCACAACGAGUGAAGAUUUUUACAAGGUGUAACUUCAUUUUCUGCAGGAUGCUAACUAGUAGAGUAACAUAAAUGAAAGAUAUAAAGGCAAUAACUAUUGUUUUUAAGCAACUUUUCUAUUACUUGAAGAAAAAAAAACCAACCAACCAUGAGAACAGGUUUUGAAGUUCUGACCAUUUGAACAAUAUUUAUAUAUAUUUUAAAGAUGAUGGCGAGUAGAUGAACUUGAAGUUUGAUCGUUAUUUUUUUUUGGCUUUGUUUUUGUUUUGCCUAGCAGUAGUCCUGUACCUUUGCAGUAGCUCAGCCUGCUUUUUCACAGUUUCUUGAAGUCUUCAUAGCUUUAUGAGUCACGGAACCUAAAUUUUGCUGACCUUCAAACAACAGCAGCAACAAAAAAUAAACACACAAAAAGAUGAAUCUAGUUUGUCUUGAAAGGUACAAAGCUGAUGAAUUUCUACAAGUUUUUAAAAGGUAUCUUUCCUUUAUGUAACAUGUCUAUUUAGUGCCUUAUUAAAGAAACAGUAACCCUCCCUUUUUAUAUAAGGGAAAAUGAAUUAUUGUGAUUUACUGUGUUUUGGCUUCUUGACUUUUAGGAUCUUAUAUUUAAAUUUUUUCCAAUUACUUAUUUAAAAGGGGUACUGCUUCUUUAAAUGUUCCCUUGCACCCACUAGACCCAGUUUGAUGUGCCUAGCCGAGUAAGGUGCUCCCUUUAUGCCAUUCGUUUUCUUGGACUGUUUGUAAGGUAACUUGAAUACAUUUAUGCACAUAUCCUACUUCAAUAGGUAGGAAACUGUGGUGGAUAUUGUAAAUGAGAUCCCAACCAAAAGACAAACAGAAAUAUAAUAUCUACUGCCCUCUUGAGCCAAAAUACGUGAAUAGUAUUGUUGGGUUUUAUUUGGGGUUUUGUUUUUUUUUUUUUUUUUUUUUUUUUUUUUUUUUUUUUUCUUCUUUUUUUUUUUUUUGUGUUCUGUGGUCUAACUAGUUUGUUUGCUACAAAAAUGGUUACCUCAACAGGUUUUGGGUGGAGUAUGCAUCACACAUCUAAAACUGUAUAGUAAAUGUGGAAGUGUCAUCAGGAUAGGAGGUUGUUAAGUAACUGGUCUGUCUUGUCCUGUGGAGAUGAAUCUGGCCUGGAGAAUAACAGAACCAAGUCUUAAUCUGAAAGGUAUUUGGAUAUCCUGAAGGCACUGUCUAAUGGGGGGACACUUAGAGAAGAUUCUGAAAGGAAGCCUAGUUCUUCAAAAACUCAGAAUUUCAACUUUUUUUUUCCCUCUUGGAAAAGUAAUCAUACUAUUUUUUUUUAUUUUUUUUUCUAAUCACCUUCCAGUUUGAGCACGUAUUACUUACACAUCAUCCCAAAUGCUUGCAACCCAUUGGUCAGUUGAUCAAGUUACGGGUUUGGUAUUACUGAAUAAUUUUCUUGUGCACAAUAUACGCCAAAAGCAAGGGCGGCUUAAUCUGGAAUCAAACUUCUCUUUCAAUCUGUAUCUUGCAGGUGUACAAAAAGGAUCCAUCUUUUCUUGCUUAUUGCUUAAUUGUUUAUUCCUUUUCCUUAAGCUCUGUUACCAGCGGAGUUAACUCUGGGUAUGUAGAAUCGGCAUCUCUGCGUUCCCUAUCCAAUCUGGCAAAACUCCAACUGACUUCAACGGAGCUGAGAUUUCACUGUUAGCUUUUUAUUUUGGGGGGAAGGUGUUCCUCCCCGCUCUGCAGUCUUGAAAAAUCCUCUGUAUUAGAGAUGCAAAUACUAGCGCUGGGGCCCAAACCUGCUCUCAAGUUUCACCACAUAGCUAGGAUUGAUGUCAGAAUUUUUUUGGCCUGGGGUCCUUUUCUACCAAAUACGGCUGUUCCAUGUUGCCACUGCCCUAUCAAAAUAUGGCUUUGCACUCAAUAGCUACUGCAUCUUGGUCCUCGUUUGCUUCUUGCCCUUGUGCAGAUAACAUAAUUGUACUUGAAGCUUGACUGUGGUCAGAUACCACAGAAGCCAUUAGGAGUUUUGCAGUUGUCAAAUAGGGAAGGUUCAAGCCCUUUAGGACUGAGCAUCCUUUUAAAACAACGAUUCCUUUUUUAAAAACAAAAUGAAACAGAAGAAACAAGACAUUGCUUACGCUUAGCAACCUCCUGUCCCAACCUGCCUAUUUGCUAGAAGUUUAAGAGUCAUGUUAGCUUUAAAAGGGGUUUGCUACCUUUCUUUCCCUUGGUGUAUUACAGUAUGGCAAACAGCAUUCUCAAAGUGCCACCAAAACUUAGUGAACUGGAAUGUGAACAUGGCUUUUUAAAUAAGGAUGGCAAGGAAGAAUGGGUUUUAUUUGGUUCUGACACUGGUAAAACUAAGUUCCCUUCACAACCCUUGAUUUCAAUGGUUGGAAGAUUCAGCUUUACUAAUCUAGUGCAUUGUUUCCUUACAUGUGUUAAAAUUCAUUCUAAAGGGUGGGGUAUAAGGAAACUUAAUUUGAUUUCUUGGGGAAAUGAUGCUUUUGUAUGCGUACGAAUCUAUAAAAUUGCACUAACUGCUCUAUUGAAAAAAAUAAAAGCCCAACAUUUUUAUUAAAGGGUUGAAAAAUGACUGAAUCCAGAUGUGUAGCAUUAACAAUGCUAGGCAAGAACAGAAUGAAUUUUUAUUCUCUUCUGUCUCUGUAUAGCUCAGAGAUUUUCUAUGUACAACACAAAGCUACAAGAAAAAAAAAAAGUUUUCCAGAAACCGCGCUUCAAAUUUUUUGCUGUACUAUAGAAGCUCAUGAAGGACAACAUUAAGGUCCUAAUUUGCCUGCCUUAUAGUCACAUUUCAUUGUAUUAAUAUUUUCUUAAACUUCCAGUUGCAUUGCUUUGGCUUUGGAGUUUGUUAUAGGCAGUCCUGUAUUCUGAGUUCUGUUCAAGUUUAAACUUAUGUAAACUAUUGACAGCACAUGCAAUGCAGUACUUAUCUAUAUUUUGCUGUUUUAGUAUGAAUAUGUACUCUGAUGCCAAUUUACAAAAAUCUGUUGUAAACGCUUAUUGUGUAACAGUAACCAAUAGUGGCAAUUAUAUGUCAUUCUAAAAGCUGCAAUACUUAUACAAUAAAUUUUACAAUACUUUGGAAAA